AUGUCUGCAUCCGAGGAUUUAGAAGAUUUCAUUUUUCGUCCUCAGCAGCAUUUAGAUGCUAAGUGGCUAAAUCCUGACUUACAAGAUGCUUUGCAUAAUCCUGAUUCUCUGUCUACUUUAUUUAAUAGUCUAAUACAGGACCGUGAAAUAUAUUUUGAGGCUGGAAAUGGUCUUGUAAAUGCUGCUGGAAUAACAGCGAAACUUGGUGACAGUGGCAAAUAUUACUGUGGCCUAAGGAUUCUUACUUGUACUUGUUGUGAUGGACUCUGUGGACCUCAUUCAGGAUGUGCUUGUGCCGCAUGUUCUGCCUUGUCUUCAGAAGAAGAACAGCGUGUUGCUAUUCAAUCAAAAUUAGUUGUACCUUCUCCAUCAAUUCAGGUUAUAGACGAUCUAAAAUGGAAACAAGAUCCGGGCCCAGAAUGUCUGCAAAGUUUGAUGGAAUCCUUAAUGUGGGAGCAACGGAUGAGAGCCAUUAAUGCGGUUGUCAGUUGUUCAUUCAUAUCUCAAGUCCGCCGCUUGAUUGUCCUCUGCAAUAGACACCUUGUGGCUGUUAUCAGGGACCAAAGCCAUAAUAAAGAAAUUAAGAAAAUUAAAAUAGAUAACAAACCACCACAUGUCAUAAGUAACAGAGCACUUAGUAAUGUUGUGAACACCCUCAACAAACCUGGAGAAAUCAGUUCAGAAUCUCAAGAGGAAUCUGAAGAGCACACUGAUGAUUCUGAGAGUGCAAUAGGGUUAGCACGAGUAGGCGCCCGCGCCGCAUUGCGACUGGCAUUGUCGCUUGUGCGACGUGCAUGGCGUUGCGGCGAGGAUGCAGACGUGUGCUCGGCACUACUCCGCGAUGCAUUGGACGCGGUGCGCGCAUUACCUGACGCGGCUCUCUAUGCUGGCGCUGGGCUCGGAGUAACGCAGGCACCGCGCUCACAGAAGAUCUGGGCCGAAGUUGUUGAUAGUGCUGCCAAAUUCCUGCAUCAAGUUGUCGCCGGCGAGGUAGGAUGCAAUGUUCCUUUGGGCGACUGGCGCACUUCACUAUGCGUGUGGGUGGAGCUGUGCGCACGCAGAGCCGAGCUGCCUGCACUAUUAAAAGCGGCUGACGUACUUGUCACACUACCACCGCGCCAGAAGCGACUACCCGAUAAUAGAAUUAUUCUGGAAGAAUGUACCGCGCCACUUGGACCUUUUUUAAGACGCAUGGCAAAAGUGACUGCCCCCAUUCCGAUUGUUAACAAUGAAACUACGGCCGAGGUCAAUUAUACUGAAUUAUAUUUAAAGGAACUUAAUAUACCUGCUGGUGAUGGGUUAAUGGAAGUAAGAAAGGCAGGUAUUGCUUUGCUUUGUCACUUGGACAGGCUUGGUGCUCCUUUGCUGCCACCUCUAAAGGGAUUUGUAACUUGUACUGAGUCAGCACAAGAAGUGGUGUCUAUCGGUUCUGGUCCUCUUCAGUUAGGCAGUCUUAGGAUUCAACAGAUUGCAUGUGCAGAAAAACUAGCACUUUUAUUAACUCAUGAUGGUGCCGUCUACACAUUGCCUUAUGACACUAUGACUCCUCAUUUAGUACCAGGAUUGGAGAGUAAGACGAUAACGCAAGUGGCGUGCCACCCCGCGGGCCGCCACUACCUGUGCUGCGGGUCGUGCGGCGGCGCGUGGUCGUGGGGCGCGGGCGACGACGGGCGGCUCGGCCACGGCGACACGGCGCCGCGCGACGCGCCCGCCGCGCUGCACCUCCUGGCGCACCACGAGGUGGUGCGCGUCGCCGCCGGGCCCGCCUGCAGCGCUGUAAUAACAUCGCGUGGCGCUCUGUACACAUGGGGUCGGGGCGCGCACGGCCGCCUUGGCCACGGCACUGUCGAGAACUGCCUCACGCCGCAACCCGUUUCCUUCAACGCGCACAACAUCGAGCGCAUUAUCGACAUUGCUUUAGGUUGGGGCGAGAGUCACACUCUGUGCUGCACGUUGGAAGGUGCUGUACAAGUAUUCGGUGAGAACGAGGGAGGGGCUCCCCACGCAUUGUCGUCUCUUUCGGUGUUCAGGGUCACUCGCGUUUACACUGGGGAACACUGGCACGCGGUGCUGACUGACAGUGGGCAAGUGUAUACUUGGGGUAAAGGUGACGGCUAUCGCCUUGGUCAUGGUUCAUUGGAAUCUUUUAAGAUUCCGAAGUUAUUAGAAGGCCUUCAAGGUGUAAAAGUGGUUGACCUGUCCUUGGGUGCGUCGCACGGUAUUGCCUUAACUUCUGAAGGCGCACUAUACGCUUGGGGAACACACGAACGAGCUCAAAUAUCGAAACCAGUACCUCAGUUGUUGCAAGUUUUUAACUCUUCUUUUAAAGCAAACGGCUCCUCGAGCUCACCGACACAAAUAUUUGCGUGGAGUGAAGAGAACCCUAGGGAUUUGCCAUCUUCGAUGCCAUUCGUUAUUGAUUUAUCUGAAAACACAUUUCUAUAUUUAGAAAGACUCUUGAGAAUUGCGGUGGAUCAAAGCAGUACGGCGACUAUAAAAGAGAACGAGUGCUUAGCAAUAUCUUGUCUUAAUUUACUGAGAUUGCAAGUGCACGCGUGGCAGUGUUCGCGUGGCGCGGAGAGCGCGGCGGGCGAGGGGGCGGGUGCGAGCGCGGGCGGGGAGAGGCGCGCGUGGUGCGGCGGCGUGCACGGCGCGCUGGUGGCGCUGGCGGAGGGGCGCGCGGGCGCGGGCGCCGCGGCCGCCGCGCGCCGCGCGCUCGCCGCCGCCUGGCCGCUGCUGCUGCCCACGCCGCAGCUGCGCGCGCACCACCUCAUCGCACUGCUGCCGCACGGAUCAGCGCCAGCCAGUGCUGGUGCGAGGUUCAUGACGGAACUGCUGGUGUGGUCUCUACUUGGAGGCGGAGGCCUCCGCGACGCGUUGAAGAACGCGCUACAAGCGCAUUCCACUGACACCUACAAUCACUUGCAGCUUGACGAUGAAUAUGAUCAAGUUGACAUUGUAACGGGUCAACGAGGUUCUCAGUCGUCUGCCAGUGCUGACAAUGUUGACGCAGUACAAGGGGGUUGCACGGAAGAGUACCAAAUUGAUAAUGCAACAUCUUCUGAAAAUGGCGCUUCUGUUCCCUUAAUGCACUUGGUGAAGCAUCUUAUCCGCAACACGACCUGCCAAACGCAAAUGCAUAUAAAUGCAAUAAUCAAUGGCGAAACCAGCAAAACAGACGAUCCUAAAGCGCACGAUACAGUGAGCCCUAGUUGUGAUCUGCUCAUAAGGUUUCAGAGGCUGUUGUUUUGCGAAGCGAUGUGGUCACGAGGAGGGCGGAGCACUCGAGGUGGAGUGCGGGCGCUGCUCACACAGUACAGUACGCUGCUGGCCGAGCACGUGGAAGCCACGCUCGACUCCUUUACACGCGCGCUUCACAGGGCCGAUAGCGACCAGAUGGUAGCCUUGUGCGAUGUCAUCAAUUCUGAUAUUAUAGGGCGCGUGGUGAGCGAGGCGUGCGCGUGGGUGUGCUCGACGGCGGCGCGGGCGAGCUGCGCGCUGCUGGAGUGCGCGGCGCCGCUGGCGGGCGUGGCGCGCGCCUGCGACCGCGCCGCGCGCGCGCUGCCCGCCGCCGCGCGCCUCGACGCCGACCUGCUCGCCUGGCCCGGCCUGCUCGCGCGCAAGCCCCGCCGCACCACCACCCUCCUGCGCAAAUGCGACAUACAGAACCACAUAAAGGAGGGUGGCUCUUGGAUAGUGGUGACUGGUCACGUGUACGACGUGGAAAAUUUCGAAUGUGAGAACGCCAGCACUGUAGAGCUGGUGCGAAAGCUGCGCGGUUCUGACGCUACUGCGGCGCUAAGCGAGGAGCCACACGCCGCGUUUCUAUCCAGUAUCACCGAGAAGUGCGUCGGGUUAUAUGCUGAUCAGAUCUAUAGCCACCGGUGUCAAGAGAGCACGUCGAGCCUGCGCGCGCUGCACGUGCUGUCGUCGUGCGCGUUCAACUUGGCGCUGGGCCUGGCGCAGUGCGGCGCGCGGCUCGCGCGCUCGCUGCCCGACCAGCAAGCCGAGCGCGACGCGGCCGCCUACGCCACCGCUGUCUUCCUUAGAGGCGGCUUGAAAGUGUCUCAACUGACGAACCCGUUCGAAGAAGAAAAGGCGGAGGCUCGCAGCGGGUCGUCGACGGGCGGCAACAGCCCGGCGGCCGAGGCGCCGGCCGCGCCGCGUCCGCACGCCGCGCCCGCGCCCGCGCGCGCCGUGGCGCUGCUGCACGCGCUCGCCGAGCCCAGGCUGCACGAUCCUCUCGCGCUGCACCUGUGGUGGGCGUGCGAACGUCGCGAAGGCUGCGCCCCUCACUUCCCCCCAGAGCACCCGCUUGAAGAAUUAAGACGUGCCUUAUUGGCGGCGUUGCUGUUCCACGCCGGGUUGAAGGAACAUGCGCUUGCUACUGCAACUACUGAAAUGGAAAAAGGAGAAAUAAAGUUGUCACCUGCAAUGUCCGAGAUUGUAAAAGCCGUUCAGCAGAGCAAAUGGACGCUAAUGAGGGCGAGGCAACAGUUGUCACGUGGAUAUAAGGAAGUAUGCGCAGCUCCAUUGGAAAGGGCCAGGUUUUUGUUACACGAAGUACGUGCUGCGAUAUCCCCUGCAGUCACGGCUUUACAAAAGAGGCCUCCAUCCCACCGGCCGCCUACCGCUAAAAGGAUUUUUCAAAAAGUCAUGCGAAUGGCCAAGUCGCCUAGUUUCAAUAAAUGUUUUGAAACAACAAAGGACUUAAGGAACAGACAGAAUAGCUUGAGUAAGAGCAUGUUAAGAACGACAGGUAGUUUGCUUCAAGGUGAUGCACUUCUUAUUAAAUCGACAAUAGGGCACACCUCGAGCAAGGCCACCGAAGAUAUUCACAUAAAAGUCACUGAACCAAAGAGUAUUUCUAAUACAGAAAGUGUUAACGAUCCAGCUUUAAAAGACGCUGCUAAUCAACAAACUAAAAAUAAACUAAAGUUAAAGGUUAAGCCUCUUGAGAAAGAUUUUAAAAAUGCCUCGAAUUAUGAUGACAUGCGUAACGAAGCUCGGGGUGACAUAAAAUUAUCUGAAAGGGAUGACGUGCUAGACAAAGAUGAUGAUAAAACACCCACAAAUGAGGUAUCAAUUAGCUCUAUAAACGAUAUCACUGACAAUUCGGUUUUAAAAGAAUCGAUUGAAAGCGAAAAGCAGGUGAUGUUGCUGGCUGACGAUUUGAAAAAUCAAUUAAUUACUGCCGAUGAAGAAAAGGACGACGAUAAUUCUGAAAGGAAUAAGUUUGUUAAUGCCUGGGUGGCAAAACUAGCUUGUGAGGAAAAAGAUUUAUAUUGGAUGCUUGAAGAAGUCACACCGGAACAACAAACAUUGACAACAGCAAUCAUUGAUUUUGUAAUGACUGAAGAGCCUUGCGAUAUUGAUAUUCUCAGAAGAGCUUUAUAUUGCCAGGUGCAGCGAGCUGAGAUUCGUAAAAAUGGUUAUAAAAUAAUAAAUAAAAUUCUACACUUAUCUCAAACCAUGUCCGAGAGCGUUAAGUACGCCGCACUCUCUGGUCUAGUAGGUGCCUCAAUGGCUGAUUCGGCGCCGCACACACUUCUGAAACCCACCGUCCCUUUGACAUUGCCUUUAAAGGGCAUCGAAUCUGUUAUACCAUACUCAAAAUAUAUGGUGCUUCUAGAGCGUUCGAAAUUGAUGGAUUUUAUUCUUAUCGAAUUAAAGGCAAAAGUUUUAGAAGGUGAACAACACCAACCUUUACCUUUAAAAAUGAGUGCCAACUAUGGAGCUCAUGCAUUGCUGAACAAACCUUCAAGAGCGAGAUUUUUAAUUUCCCUGCUGACACUGUUGGUAGAAGGUUUUAACGGCCCGGAAUUAGAGCAAUUAAUUAACGGAGGAGCAUUAAGUUCUUGUUUGACGUUAUUAAAACAAAUUGGUGGAGAUACGUCACAAUAUACUUCCCUAAUUUGUCAUGGAACAAAAUCUAAAUCCGAAUGCUUAGUUAUUUACGAGGAUGAAAGGCUGGGUGCUCGCGCCAGAGGCGCUUCACUAUCUGGUCCUGAAUUGGCUUCUCUUAUGAAGAUAGGAACUCGAGUUGUGCGUGGUAAAGAUUGGAAGUGGGGUGAUCAGGACGGUGUACCGGGCGGUGAAGGCCGGGUUAUUGGAGAGCUAGGCGAGGAUGGUUGGGUACGUGUUGCCUGGGAUUCUGGUGGCACUAACUCGUAUCGCAUGGGUAAAGAGGGGAAAUAUGAUCUCAAGUUAGCUCGUUCCCCAUCUCCGCCGCCAUCAGUGGAUGAGACAAUGCAUGGCACUGUGGAGAACAACGUGGAGUGGUGGCCGGUGAGCGAGGUGCGCGCGGCCUGCACGUGCGCUGUGCGCGUGGCGUGCGUGCGCGCGGGCAGCCAGAGCGGCGCCGCGGGGGCGGGAGCGGACGCGGGGGGUGCGGCGCGGCGCAACGUGGCCGCGCUGCAGCGUCGCCUGCUCGCGCUCGCUCGCGCGCACCACUCGCCGCCGCCCACCGCCUUCGCCGCGCACUCGCACACCGCGCUCGCUUUGCUCAGAGCAAGCGCCCAAACUCCUGAAAUGCGAAGAUCAUUGUGCACCGACUCGUGGUUUGAAUUAUGCUACAGCAUUAUUUCUGCGACAGACAAGCCGAUUUCUCAAGAUUUGAUAUAUUUACAGAUUCAGUCCAUCUGGCUACUAAAGCAUGUAUUAAUGGAGCAUAACGGAGCCGCUGAAUGGCGUAAGACCGUAGCUGCACAACUAUUGGCAUUAGUGGGACGGCUGUGGCUUGAAACCCAUGUUGCUGAUCCGGCGCUUAGACCAAACCAUUUGAUGGUUGUGACUGGCGAUGAGGAGGAGCUAGAUAACAGAUGGCGCGCGCCUGCUACAGCUAGCUACACAGGCACUACAUGCGCAGCCGUCGUAAACUUAGUACGUCAGCUGCACGCGGCUCCUCAAUGGCACACACCCAUCACGGCACUGCUCCUCGAAAAGCUUCAACUGGCAGCGCAAAUGAUAACAAGUGAUUGGCAUUGGUGGCCGCAUGCUAGUCAAGAUCUUACUCAACCAGUGAAGCCAUCACCUCCCUCUUUGAAUACCUGUCUAAUAGCUGGUGCGUUGGGCGUUGUUGGUGGAGUAGAAUGGCGUAUCAGACUUGGUCAGAAAGUGACGGCUGGCUCACCACCGCGGAAUGCAAUCGUCACGCAACUGUCACAGAGGGCGAAAGUUACUUUAAUACACGAUGACAACUCAGUCAGCAAGGUGGAAUUGAAUUCGGUGAGGAGCGCGGAGUGCGAGCGGCUGGCGCAGGCGCUGGGCGGCGGCGAGAGCGCGCUGCGCGUGUGCGCCGCGCUGCUGGGCGCCGCGCCCAGCGCGCUGCCGCUGCACCCGCACCACCUGCCCGCUGAGAUAGACGUUUACGCCCUAAGAAGACAACAAAUGGAGCUGCUAAUGUUAUGUGCUGCUAGAGGCCUACUCACAACUAGAACGCGUCUCAGAAAAGUUUUAAUGCAACCACCGGACAAUGGUGGUACAAUGGAAAGAGGCGGCAGUACGGGCACCGAGGGCACGUUGUUGCGUCGCCUGCUGUCGCUGGCGACGCGUCCCAGUCCGUUGGCCGCGGCGUACUCGCCCCGCGAUCUCGCCACCGCCGCCAUUGCCAUCGCGCACCAGCUUGCCGCACACGUUGCCGGAGAUGAAAAAGAUGUCGAUUCGCCUCCUGAUUUUCCAAUUAUAGACAAGAGUAAUAUGAUGCAAGUUUCCAUGGGCCCGUCUACGAGCACAGCGUCUUUGUCACGAAAAGAUCUCAAUACAUGGGCAAACUCUUCUCAAGUGCAACAGGUCAUAGAAAUGGGUUUCUCACGACACGCUGUCUAUGGAGCCAUACAAACUUUGGGUGGUAACACUAUACCGACAGUGGAAGCGCUGGUCGCUUACUUACUAGAACAACAGCAGCACGGUUUCGAUGAGACGGUGUACGAAGUAAAACCUCAAACGUCUAAACAAGAGAAGCGUCCUGCGCCGUACCGUUGGCGCAGUUGUUUCGCUUCCGAGGAGGAGUACGCUCAGUACCUUUCGGAUAUUAUCACUCCAGGCAUGACUGUGCGAUGCUGUAAAGCUUAUGAAAGUGUCGCUUUGGGAGACGUAGGUCAGGUGCAAAAAAUUGAACGUGACAUAAAACAGAAUGUAUUCCUACAUGUGGAGUGGCGCGGGCUGGGGCGCGUGUGCGGCGUGCGCGCGCUGCACGCGGAGGUGGUGUCGGGCGCGCCGCCCUUCGCUCCCGGCGACCGCGUGCGCGUGCGCGCCGCCGUCACGCAGCCGCGCUACAAGUGGGGCUGCGUCGACCACACGUGCGUCGGCACCGUCACCGGAAUUUCUAGCAACGGCCGUGACUUGACAGUAGAUUUUCCUCAACAACCCGGCUGGACCGGUCAAGUCAGCGAAAUGGAACUAGUCACAGAUCAAUCGGAGUGGGGCGAGAGCGCGGGCGGCGCGGCGGUGGGGUGGCGCGGCGCGGUGCGCGUGGUGCGCGUGUCGUCGUGCCGGCCCGGCGCCGGCGCGCGCCGCCUGCUCGACGCGCAGCCGCACACCUACUGGCAGAGCUCCAGCGGCACCGGACAGCACUGGAUCCGCGUGUCGAUGCGGUGCGGCGUGCGCGUGCGGCGGCUGGGGCUGGGCGUGGCGGGCGGCGCGCACGCGGCGGGCGCGCUGUGCGUGCGCGGCGGCGCCAGCUUCGAGGAGGCCGCGCUCGUGCCGCUGGCCGCCGCGCCCUGCGUGCCCUGCGCGCCCGCCGCAAAGCGUGACCGCCCGCCCGCGCACCUCGCACAGGUGCAGCUGCUCGCCGACUGCAAGCAGUAUUAUCCCUGCAUAGAAAUUGGAAUAAAGCAAAACCGCAACGUUAAUGCAGACUGUCGAGUGCACGGUCUUUAUAUUACCGGCUUUAGACCAAACCCACUGUACUCAGAAAUCUUAACGAACAUGAAUUUCAUUGCCGAAGACUGGAUGGAAAAAGAUAACCCAACUGGUGCCACUUCUGCUGAAACUAAUCCAGCGUCACUACCCAGUGAUUGUCCAAAGGUCUAUGUGUGGGGUUUGAAUGAUAAAGAUCAGUUAGGCGGUGUUAAAGGUUCCAAAGUAAAAGUGCCGGUAUUCUCGCCAGUUUUAAGUGCACUGCGACCAGUUCAUAUUGCUGGUGGGUCGAAGACACUUUUUGUCGUGUCUCAUGAUGGCAAACUGUACGCGUGCGGCGAGGGCACGAACGGGCGGCUGGGGCUGGGGCACAGCAACAACGUGUCGACGCCGCGCGCCAACCCGUACCUCGCGCACACGCUCGUGCGCCGCGUCGCCGUGCACUCGGGCGGCAAGCACGCGCUCGCGCUCACCGCCGACGGCAAGGUGUACUCAUGGGGCGAGGGGGAAGACGGCAAGCUCGGGCACGGCAACCGGCUGACGCUGGAAGCGCCUCGGUUAAUCGAAACGCUGGCGGGCGAGCGCGUGGUGGGCGUGGCGUGCGGCUCCGCGCACAGCGCCUGCGUGUCGGCGCGCGGACACCUCUACACGUGGGGGCUCGGCGAGUACGGCCGCCUCGGACACGGCGACGACGUCACGCAGCUCGCGCCCAAGAUGGUGGAAGCUCUAGCUGGCUUUAGAGUUAUUCAAGUAGCUUGCGGAUCUCGAGACGCGCAGACUCUAGCAUUGACUGCUUGCGGCAAAGUUUUCUCUUGGGGUGAUGGAGAUUUCGGAAAGUUGGGACGAGGAGGUUCAGACGGAUGCGCUGUGCCUAUGAACAUAGAGAGAUUGAAUACACUUGGUGUGAUACAAGUUGAAUGCGGUGCACAAUUCAGUCUAGCCUUAACAAGGGAUGGAGAGGUGUGGACUUGGGGCAAGGGCGACUACUUCCGGCUGGGGCACGGGCUGGACGCGCACGUGCGGCGCCCCACGCUGGUGGAGGCGCUGCGCGGCCGCCGCGUCGUGCACGUCGCCGUCGGCGCGCUGCACUGCCUCGCCGUCACCAGCGACAACCAGGUGUGGGCAUGGGGCGAUAAUGAUCACGGGCAGCAGGGCAACGGCACGACGUGCGUGAACCGGCGGCCCGCGCUGGUGGCGGGCGUGGAGGGCGUGCAGCGCGCCGCCGCCGGCUCGUCGCAUUCGGCCGCCUGGGCGCUGCGCCCCGCCGCUCGCGCCCUCCCUCCCGCACCGCACCUCGCGCCCCUUCCCUUCCCUACUCUCAAGGACCCGCUCGGCGCGCACAGCCUCGGUCUCUACUCAGAAGAAUCGGCCAUAGAAGAACCACAGGGACCACGUCCGUCAUUGGCUUCGGCAGCUUUAGCCCUAGAGCCUCCUGUUGCCGUUCAACAUGCACUGUCUUUGUUGUUACUAGCCUUACACAUAACACAGGCACGCAGUUUACUGGUGGAGGCACUUCGUGCGCAUGAAGCGAGCUCUACGGUGCCGGUGUUCGCCAGCCUUGACGCAGAAGACGAUGACACGGAAACUGACGCGCGCACAGGUGGCGGUGAGGCGCCCGCAGACAGAACUACACUCCCCAGCGGUGCAAGCAGUCCGCUUAGCGGUUCGAUCUCAUCACGUCAUUCUGCCGUAAUGUCGUCUAGUGCGGUGUCGGUCGCCGCUGCGACGAUGACCGUGCAACAGGCCGAGGCGCCUAAAUUGGUACUGGAUGACUUCACAUCUCAACUGGGUGAAUCAGAUGCGAGAGCUUUAGUGGACUUAUUAAAGCUUGCUGCAGCCGGCCGAGUACCCGAUGCUAAUAACGCAGUGAAAGUUAUCACUGACGUGUUGAUGGCGUUGUGCGGCAGCAAGCCGGCGGUGGCCGACAUGGUGGUGGAGGUGUGCGUGUGCGAGCUAGAGGAGGCGGCGGCUGGCGCGGGCCGCGCGCCUCCGCUGCCUGCCACCGUCGACAGCCCGCACCCCUACGCGGACGACACCGACAUAUCCGGAGUUGUGAAAAUUCCGGGCGCAUCGUCACUCCGUGUAACAUUUGAGCAGGGCUGCUCCACCGAGCGGCGCAACGAUCCACUAACAAUAUCGGACGCAGCUGGGCGCGUGUUGGCCACGCGAUCCGGCCGUGAACCUGCCGACUGGGCACAGGAAAUUAUAGUUAAUGGUGAUGAAUUAAGAUGGAGGUUUACAAGCGACGGUUCAGUAAACGGUUGGGGUUGGAGGUUUACUGUAUAUCCAAUACUUCCGGCUCAUUCGGUUGCGGAAAGCGGAUCCGAUCGCUACGUUUUGUCCUGUCCGUCGGUUGAGUUGGCAUGGCGUUUACUCGACGGUCCUUUGCUGACGGCUAUUUCUAACGAUCAUCAACUGGCCCCAAGACUUGCACAAGCACUCGCUAUUUGUGCUCAGAUGCCGACUCUUUCGUGGCGCGCGCGCGUGUGGUGCGUGCGGCGGCUGCGCGGCGUGGUAUGCGGCGGCGCGCGCGAGGCGGGCGCGGGCGCGGGGGUGCCGCCCGCGCUGCUGCAGCUGCCGCAGCUGCUGCUGGCACAGUACGAGCACGAAGAACCCGCGCUGCGCACCGGCACACACCUGCUGCACACGCACUACCUCAAGGAGCUAGCGUGGCUUGCGUGCGGGCUGCGCGUGGACGCGCGCGUGUGCGGCGGGGCGGACGCGGCGCGGUGGGCGUGGUUCAAGCGCUACUGCCUGUGCGUGCGCACCGCAGACGCGCUGAUCCGUCGCGCGCCUCUGCCCGUGCCCUUCCUAGCGGACGUGCGCAAGCGACUCGCUGACCUUGGGGUCUACAACGUCGACGACACCGCCGGCGACGCGCCCUACCCCUGGGAGGACAACACCAAGUUCACUAAGCAACAUGACGAGCAGUUACUGCAUUGGGUCAAUAAGCGAGCAGAAGAGUGGUCGGGGUGGUGGGGCGGCGGCGCGCGCGGGUGCGCGGUGUACGGCUGGGGGCACAACCACCGCGGCCAGCUGGGCGGCGUGGACGGCGCCAAGGUGCGCUCGCCCGCGCCCUGCCUCGCGCUCGCCGCGCUCAGCCCCGUGCAGCUCGUCGGCGGCGAGCAGACGCUCUUCGCCGUCACGCCCGACGGAAAAGUUUACGCUACAGGCUAUGGCGCUGGAGGACGAUUAGGAAUAGGCGGCAUAGAUUCUGUGUCCCAACCUACCCUUUUAGCAUCGAUUCAACAUGUCUUCAUAACGAAGGUGGCUUGUAACUCUGGAGGCAAACAUUGCCUGGCUUUGUCUGCUGAUGGGGACGUUUACAGCUGGGGUGAGGGCGAGGACGGUAAACUUGGCCACGGCAAUAGAGUAAGCUACGACCGUCCGAAGCUAAUCACCGCGUUGUCGGGUCUGGAGGUCGUGGCGAUCGCUUGCGGCGGCGCACACUCCGCUUGCCUGACUGCGCGCGGUCGUAUCUACACAUGGGGCAAGGGCAGAUACGGACGCCUGGGACAUGGCGAUUCUGAAGACCAGCUUGUGCCUAAGAUGGUGGAGGCGCUCUCGCAGCACCGGGUGAUCGACGUGGCGUGCGGGUCGGGCGACGCGCAGACGCUAUGCAUCACGGACGACGACAACGUGUGGUCCUGGGGCGACGGCGACUAUGGCAAACUUGGGCGAGGAGGUUCGGAAGGCUGCAAGCUUCCGAUGAGAAUAGACUGUCUGAAAGGUCUGCGAGUUAUCAAGGUUGAAUGCGGCUCACAGUUCUCCGUCGCUUUAUGCCAAUGUGGAAGUGUUUAUACAUGGGGUAAAGGCGACUACCAUAGACUAGGACACGGCAGCUAUGAACAUGUAAGACGUCCAAUGCGCGUUACGGGCAUGCAGGGCAAAAUGAUAACAUCGAUUGCGACAGGGAGUCUACAUUGCGUUGCUUGCACGGACACGGGCGAGGUGUACACAUGGGGAGACAACGACGAGGGACAACUGGGCGACGGCACAACGUUGGCGGCGCAAAGGCCCCGCCUGCUGGUGGCUUUACAGGGCAAGCGCGUGACGAAGGUGGCGUGCGGGAGCGCGCACACGGUGGCGCUGUGCGUAGAGGCGCCGCGCGCGCCGCGCCCGCCGCCGUCGCCGCCGCUCGAGUGCCACCUGCUGCAGGACCUGCCCACACACCUCAUAUGCAACAGGCUGGUACUACUGCAUCAGUUCUCGGAAUUGGUGUGCCCAAAUUUGCCGCUGCUAAUUUUAGACGGACCUUUGGAUCAGUUAAGAACGCUGCUCUUCUACAGUGUCAAAGAAGCUGCUUUCAGAAAGGCAAUAAUGGCGACAAUGGUACGCGAGCGACAGCACGGGCCGGUGGUGGAGUUGUCACGCGUUGGCGCUCGGCGCGCGCGGCGUGGCGGCGCGGGGCUGGCGGGUGCGGGCGGCAUGCGCUCGGUGUUCGGGCAGAUGGUGGCGCGCCUGCCCGCGCUCACGCAGGACGCCCUCGCGCUGCCGCACCGUGUUUGGAAAGUCAAGUUUGUAGGCGAGAGCGUGGACGACUGCGGCGGGGGCUACAGCGAAAGCAUCGCGGAGAUGUGCGAAGAGCUGCAGAACGGCUCGCUGCCCCUACUGAUGGCGACGCCCAACGGACGUGGAGACGCAGGCGCUUCGCGCGACGCCUUCCUACUCAACCCCACUGCCAAUACGCCGCUGCACCUUAACUGCUUCCGAUUUCUCGGCGUACUGAUGGGCAUCGCGGUGCGCACGGGGUCACCGCUGUCGCUGUCGCUGGCGGAGGGCGUGUGGCGGCAGCUGGCCGGGCAGGCGCUGCGCCCGCAGGACCUCGCCGAGGUCGACAAGGACUUCCUGCCCGCGCUGCUCUGCAUCCGCGACAUGACGCCCGCCAACAAGGAGCUACAAAAUCUGGAGCUGCCCUUCUCAAUACCGUCCGCUGCAGGUCACGAGGUGCCGCUCUCUACGCGGCACAAGCGAGUCACGCCGGACAACAAGGACGAAUACGUACAAUUGGCGUUGCAUUACAGGCUGCACGAGUUCGACGAGCAGGUGCGCGCGGUGCGCGACGGCGUGUCGCGCGUGGUGCCCGCGCCGCUGCUGGCGCUGUUCUCCGCCGCCGAGCUGGAGGCGCUCGUGUGCGGCUCGCCCGACAUACCCGUGCACGCGCUCCGAGCGUCCGCCACUUACAAAGGUAUAGACCCGAACGCACCACUGGUGCAGUGGUUUUGGGAGGUGAUGGAAGAACUGUCCGGUAGCGAGCGGGCUCUAUUCCUGCGUUUCGUGUGGGGACGAACACGAUUGCCGCGAGCGCCGCAGGACCCUAGACAAAGGGAUUUCGUAUUGCAGGUACUUGAUAAAUACCAACCGCCGGACCAUUUCUUGCCAGAGAGCUACACGUGCUUCUUCCUUCUCAAGAUGCCAAGAUACUCAUGCAAAGCGGUGCUACGGGAGAAACUCAGAUACGCGAUCCACUUCUGCAAGAGCAUCGACACGGACGAGUACGCGCGCGUGGCGCUGAGCGCGGCCGAGCGGGUGUCGUCCGAGGAGUCGGACUCGGACGACGCCGCGCCCCCCGCCCCCGCACCCGCACCCCACCCUCCCGCGCUCUACUCGCUCACGCGUCCCCCCACCUGGCUCUGA